AUGGCGACCAAGAACACUUUCUCGGGGCCUGAGGCGCGUCUGGGCUAUGUCCAGCUCUCCAUGUCAUCUUGUCUUCGACAUGGAAGAUUCGUACUGGGAACCCUCCUACUGAUAGCGGGUCUGAUUACUUUGACUCAAUUCAAAUACCUCGAAGAUAUCACUACAACUCACGGGGUUGACCGAGAUUCAUUCUUUGAAGGCCUGGGCCAGUGCUACGAAGCACAGCAUGGGUAUCAAGAACAUCAGCCAACAAAAGACCGGAAGAAUCCACGAUGGAACUCCAUUUCUGGUCAGCAGAGACAAAUUGUGAUUCAGAAUGCAACGCUCUUCGAUGGCGAGUCAGUGUUGGCGGAGGCGGUCGAUAUCACAUUCGAGGCAGGUGUGAUUCGAUCUGUGUCGGCUACAGCUUCAAAUACUCCAGACAUCGACGAUGCUCAAAUUAUCAAUGCCCAUGGAAGAUUCGUCACGCCCGGGCUGGUGGACAUGCACUCCCAUCACUUGCUAGGCCCAUUCCCUGGCCUUCCAUCGACAAGCGAUGUCAAUGAGCGCCCAAUACUGGGACCCAUCACUCCUUUUGUUCGAGCAUUGGAUGGAUUCAAGCCUUAUGAUCCGGCAAUCCAGAUCAUCGCAUCAGGUGGAGUCACCUCUUCUUUGGUUCUACCUGGGUCAGCCAACAUCAUCGGUGGUCAAGCAUAUCUCGUGAAGAACUUGCCAAACCCGGGACCAAACUCCGAGCCUGUGGUAGAUGACCUACUGCUUGAUGAUGGAAUUGCAGAGAAGAGCAGAAAGCGAUACCUGAAGAUGGCUUGUGGAGAAAACCCCAAAGGCGUCUACAAGAACACCAGGCUUGGUCUGGUGUGGCUUUUACGCAAGCAUCUGGAAGAAGCAAGGGAUCUGAAUGAGCGACAAUCCUCUUGGUGUCAAAAGGCUGCUGAAAUUCAGAAGACUAGCUUCUCCCAGUCUCGACAAAUCUCAGAGUUCAUCAAAGACGAGGGCAAGAUACCGCAGUCUUUGGAACUUGAAACCUCUGUUGCGCUUCUCAGAGGAGAGUUGAAUGUCAAUAUCCACUGCUACGAGCCAGAGGACUUCGAGCGCAUGUUGGCUGUGCUUCAUGAGUUUGGCAUUCAUCCUAAUGCAUUCCACCAUGCUCUCGAAGCUUGGGAAUUGCCUGAGUGGUUGAAGUCCCAAGAGGAGAACAUCACCAUUGCCACUUUCGCGGAGAAUGCGCUCUACAAGGCCGAAGCUUAUGGUGCUAAUUUGCGCGGGCCUAAGAUCCUCGCUGAUCAUGGUCUCCAGGUAGCAUUGAAAUCGGACCAUGGAAAUGAGGAGAACCAUGCAAAGCACCUCGUCCACCAAGCAGCAGUUUCUCACUCCUUCGGCUUAUCUGAAGAGAAGUCUCUGCAGGCCAUAACUUCAGUCCCUGCGCGAUCUAUUCAGCAAGAUCACCGAAUUGGAUAUGUCCGUCCAGGACGCGAUGCAGACCUCGUUAUCUGGAAUGAUCAUCCACUCCAAGUUGGCGCAACACCAAUUCAGGUGUUCAUUGACGGCCGGCCUGCUCUGAAGGGCAAGGUUUAUUCCGGUGAUUUGAGUGACGAGUUAUCUGGUGUUGGAAAGCCCAAAUCUCCGGAAAGUCGACCUUCUCUUGCCAUAGACCAAAAGGAAGACACGUGUGCCAAGAUUCAGCGCCCUGGCUCUCGAAUUGUCUUUACUGGAAUCCAAAGGGUCUUAAUUGAUACAGACAAACCGGGAACUACCGGUACACAAGACCUUGUCAUGCUGAUCGAGAAUGGUGAAGUCAAGUGCCUUGAUGAGAAGACCACUUGUGUCUCUGCUGAGAUACAGGAGAACACCGUACAAGUCGAAUUGAAGAAUGGUCAUGUUUUACCUGGCCUUGUGGCAUUCGGCAAUAAGCUCGGAAUCCAAUCUAUUCCAUCCGAAACCUCCACAGGAGAUGGCCCAGGAGCAAAGGAUGGAGAUCCACUCAACGAAAAGAAGACAGUCAACUUCGCCAAGUACGGCGUGCACCUUGAGGGUAAAGGACUCCAGAGAGCCAGGAUUGGAGGCGUCACUCGAGCUAUCACUGCGCCUCUGCAUGGCGGCGGUAUCAUUCAAGGCAUUAGCGUUGGAUUGCGCCCAGGUGCGAAUGUCACAAUUCUUGACGGCGCUAUCUGGCAGAACAAUGUCGCACUUCACCUUGUUAUAGGUCAAGGUGCUAGAAGUACCGAGACACCAUCCGUCUCCUCAGGAAUCGAGAAACUACGCCAUUUGCUUCAAGCAGGCAAGGGGGACGCACAAGAGAACCACAGCAUCUAUGUGCAGGCUGCAAAUGGGUCUCUCCCUGUAGUUGUAUAUGCACUCAACGAGGAUGAUAUUGCCCAACUGAUCUUAGUGAAGCGUGAAUUCCGCUCAGUCAAUCUGAUCCUACACGGCGGUCACGGUGCUCCAUUCGUUGCGAAGCAUCUUGCCGAAGAAGGCAUCCCCGUGAUUCUCACCGGCAACCGCGGAGCUCCAGAUUCCUGGGAGAAGAAGAAAAUCCUCACAGGUCCCCCAUUGACAGAAAGUCCGGCUAAGAUCUUAUCCGAGGCGGGUGUUCUACUUGGUCUAGGAGUGAAGAGUGAUUCCAAGAUCCAUGGUCUGGCACAGGAAGCGUGGUGGGCUGGGAAAUAUGCUGGUCUCACUGAUAAGUAG